AUGGAUCCGACAUCCACCCCGCGACACCCAGAUCGCUUCAGAAUGGGAAAUACAGACCCAAUUCCUUCAUCAUCACCCGCAUUUGGAACGCCGGCCCGUCCAUUUCGGAUGCAAAAGGCGCAUGCUGCUCCGACUAAGACGUCUAUCCUACCCAUUCUUCUUCCACCUGCCACUCUUCGACCCGUCGCAUUUCGCACAUUUACUCGAAAGCACAAUCUUACCAUUUCUUCUCCGGCCCUUCAAACACUGGCAGUCUUUGUAGGCAAAAAUUGUGGUUCUGGAUGGCGGGAAGAAGGAUUGGCAGAAAAGGUUCUGGAUGAAGUUGCGAAGAUCUGGAAACGGGCCGGGGGAGGUGUGAUUGUGGAGGAAGGGAAAGGGGCCUCGUUAAAAGCCAUUCUGCAAUCCCUUGAGGGAAGUAUGAGUGGUGGCCGAGUAAUUCCUGGCAAAUCGCCUUCACAGGAUGGAUCUGGAAGACCGUCAAGCAUCGGCGUGGACCUAGCACGAACCGAUUUGAACGACUAUACAACAAGACCAGGGAAUAAGGAGGAGGAUGAGUCUCAAUUAUCACUUCAUCCUAGACACUGGCUGAAAGUCAUUGACGCCUUUGAUCUUCCCCGCCUCACCUACAACGUCGAUAAGAAAUAUUUUGAGAGCGUGAAGUCGAAACCUACAUUUUUUCCGCCCCCGUCACACAAAACAACAUUGUUCAGGGAUCGAUAUAAUCUAAUAUAUCAACGCCUCCUUCGCAAUGAGUCCUUUCAAGAUUCUUUGGGUGCAGUUGGCAUCCGUUCCUUGCAACGGUCAUCUUCAAACCUUGCGACCCAGCAAUCUUACAAAUUGACACCAAUUUCUAAUCUUUUGGGACGAAGUGGCACAUCACACCUCAUUCUUGGACUGCUUACCAUUUCUCCUACUGGAGAUCUUGCUCUUGUCGACCUCACGGGAACCGUAUCUCUGGACUUGAGCCAUGCACGCAUGAUCCCAGAAGACGGGGCAUGGUUUGCCCCGGGAAUGAUUGUGCUUGUGGAUGGAAUUUAUGAAGAGGAAGAGAUGGUCAAGGGCUCUGUUUUGGGAGGCAAUACCGGAGUUGGAGGGGCCAUUGGAGGUCACUUCGUCGGAGUAUCAAUCUGUGGUCCACCCUGCGAGCGGAGAGAUAUUUCGCUAGGGACAAUUACCCGCCAAGGUAGUGGUGAAUUGAGCUCCAGUGGUGGAUUUGGAUGGGUAGAUUUCCUAGGAAUUGGAAGUGAGCGUGCCCAGGGUGCGCGCAUGCGGAGAAUCCAAGACAAAUGCCUCCGUCGCGAGUCAGAUAUGGAAACAUCUGGCCGACUCAAAAUCGCAGUAAUGAGUGAGAUCAAUCUUGAUAACGUGAAAACACUUGACGCUCUACGGAGAGCACUCAGCACCUACAACGACCUGGCCCUCUCCGAACGGCCUCAAACGUUCGUUUUGAUUGGCAAUUUCGUGCAAACUCCCAUUAUCAACGGGGGUGGCCGUGCUGGUAGCAUCGAGUACAAAGAGCACUUUGAUUCUCUUGCGGUUGUGCUAUCGGAAUUUCCCGCCCUGUUGCAACACUCUACCUUUGUCUUCGUCCCCGGUGAUAAUGACCCAUGGGCCUCGUCGUUCUCCACUGGUGCGGCCUCAACUAUCCCACGACAGGCGAUUCCUGGAUUGUUCACAUCUAGGAUACGCCGUGCGUUUGCAACAGCCAACUCCGAGAUUGACCGUGCUCCAACCUCAGAGCCGGGAGGUGAAGCUCUCUGGACAUCCAACCCGGCGCGACUUUCCUGGUUUGGUCCUGUCCAUGACAUCGCUAUUUUCCGUGAUGACAUUUCAGGAAGGCUAAGACGCACCGCCAUUAACGCAAAGGCGGACGAAGAUGAACCAGAUGCCACGAUGCACGAGGCAUUGGAUGGUGCUGCCAACGAUGCAGCCUCUAUGGCACCGGAGAUGCAUACAGGGCCUGGCGCCCGAGUGGAUACCGUGUCUCCUGCGGCAUGCAUGGCCCGGAAAUUGGUGAAGACGGUUCUAGACCAAGGAUCCAUCUCACCUUUUCCCCUUUCGUUGCGCCCUGUUUUAUGGGAUCAUGCUUCUGCGGCACAGCUUUACCCACUGCCUACAGCUCUUAUCUUGGCCGAUUCCGAGGCUGCACCUUUUUGCAUGACGUACGAGGGCUGUCAUGUUAUGAACCCUGGCCGGCUCCUUCCAGAGGGCGAUAUACCAGCUGCACGGUGGGUGGAAUACGAUUUACUUCGUAAUCGUGGGAAAGUCAAAGAAGAGCGUUUCUAA